AUUUAAAAGUGUAAAUAAAAUGAGAAGUAUUCAACAAGUUCAGAGAAGAGAGAAGCAUAGCCUUAAUUAUGCAUUUCAACCCAAGGAAAACUUUGACGCAAUACUGGCACGAGAAAAUAGGAGAAGGUUUAAGAAACAGUACAAAGAGAUGAUUAAAAGGAAACACGAGGAUUUUCAAAAAUAAACAAGCUGAGAAAAGUAGAGAACCCAAGCUGAAAUCGGUGAAAAGAAAUUGGAAAAUAAAGGCUGAAUCUCAUGCCCCAGUACAUAAUCGGGUGACUAGGAAUCGUCAAAUACAGAAUCAUCAUAAUGGGAAAUAAGUCUUUCGACCAUCAUUAUUAUCAUGGAACUAAUGACAGUAAAGAUACCGUAUCCAAAGCUAGCAAAGUAGGUGUCCUUUCAAUGGCAGGGAGCUCUAUUGCUAACCGUAAGAACCACGAACUUCUGGAGCAAGAAGCGAAGCUUGUUGAAGAGUACUUUAGGAACUACAAACAACCUAAAAAGACCGCUAAAAAGAGCUAUACAAGGAAGAAUCUACAAAAUAACAGCUAUUCUCCAGUUAGGAAACAGAAGCAUUCUCUAAAAUAAUGCUUCGUACUCUGCACAGAAAAGUGCUCAGCUUCUUGAUGAGGAUGAGAGGAUCCUCCUCAUCGCGAAGCUUGAUAAAAGAAAGCAAGACAUUUGGGGUCAAAUCCAGAAACUCCCUAUCUGUAACAGAAGUUCUGGGGUUCUUCUCAAAGAGAAGGAGCUCUAUGAUGAGCUUGACAAGGUCAGCUCUGAAGCAAUGAUGCUAUAUAGUGAGAAAAUCUAUGUGGCUUAGCCAAUCAUGCUUAAAUUCAUUCAGUAUCUUCUCA